CCCCGCCCAUAUUAGACCCACAAAACCUUGCAACCCAAACUCCUCGGUCUUCUCUCCAAAGACACUGAUUUCCUUACCAGCACAUCCCCAGAUCCUGGAAAACUCAGGAUGGAGCAGAUCGAAGAUGGCUCCCGGCCGCCCCUGGUGUCUGUGAAGGGCAUUCCGCUCAUCAAGUACUUUGCUGAAAGCAUUGAACUGCUGAAGAAUUUUCAGGUCUGGCCUGAUGAUGUUCUCAUCAGCACCUACCCCAAGUCUGGAACAACUUGGGUAAGCGAGAUCCUAGAUAUGAUCUACCAUGGGGGUGACCAGGAGAAAUGCCAGCGGGCCCCAAUCUAUGACCGAGUGCCAUUUCUUGAGUUCAAGGCCCCAGGAUCCCGCUCUGGAAUGGAGACUCUACAGGAAAUACCUGCACCUCGAAUACUCAAGACCCACCUGCCUCUGUCACUGCUCCCCCAGGCUUUGCUGGAUCGGAAAAUCAAGAUCAUCUAUGUGGCAAGAAAUGCCAAGGAUGUGGCAGUCUCCUAUUUCAACUUCUAUAAGAUGGCAAAGGUACACCCUGAUCCUGGGACCUGGGAAGAGUUCUUGGAGACAUUUAUGACUGGGAAAGUAGCCUAUGGUUCCUGGUACCAGCACGUACUGGAAUGGCAGGAGUUGAGUAAGCGGCACCCAGUUCUCUACCUCUUCUAUGAAGACAUGAAGAAGGAUCCCAAGAGGGAAAUUCAGAAGAUCACAGAAUUUGUGGGACAAUCAUUGCCAGAGGAUAUCCUAGAUCGAAUUGUCCAACAGACAUCUUUCAAGAAGAUGAAGGAGAACCCCAUGGCCAACUAUACCACCGUCCCCAAUGGCAUCAUGGACCACUCGAUCUCUCCCUUCAUGAGGAAGGGUACUACCGGAGACUGGAAGAACACCUUCACUGUAGCCCAGAAUGAGAGGUUUGAUGCUGACUAUGAAAAGAAGAUGGCUGGCUCCGACCUUCACUUUGAUAUGGAGCUCUGAAUUGCAACAGCAAGAGAGGGUCAUCGAUCCUUACUUCUGCAUCGGCCCCCAAUUAUUCUAGUCUUACAAUAAUCUUUUUCAGCGUGCAAAAUUAGCUCCCCUGCAUUCUAGCAUGAAAAAAGUCUAACUCGCUCUUAGUGUUAUAAAGAGUUUAUUUUGCUCA